AUGCUGCAUAAAUUAGCUUGGAUAAUCGCCACUCACUCACCUUCUACUUUACAGAACAAAUCCGCAACCUCUGUUGCAGAAAACCGCGAAGCUCAGCGCAGAUCAAGAGCCCGACGGCAGGAGCUGAUUGAGAACCUACAGUGUCGAUUGGAACAGUACGAGCGGAUGGGCAUAGCAGCCUCUGUAGAGAUGCAACGCGUUGCUCGGGCUGUCAACACCCAGAAUCAACUCCUGAAGAACUUGCUUGGCGUAUGCGGGGUCUCCCAAGAGGAAAUUGAGCGAUUUCUAUCCUCGCCCGAGGGUGAUUAUCGGGCAUUGAAUGAUCGACAGCGAUGCGACACAUGCGGACAAAAUGAAAGAGUUUUUGUACCUCAAGGAGAGGAACGCAGACUUCACCAUCAAAUACAUACAGCCAACAGGCUUGACAACAUAACUGCCGACUGUUCCUCAGCCCCAACAGACAGACUCUCGCCGCUCUUCGACUCUUUCGACUCCUCCAAAUCCAUCAGCCCUUAUUCUAACCAUUCAGGAGCACUAGAAACCUCAUGUGAUAAAGCGGCAGGAAUACUCCUGGAACUUCACAACCGUGUAGAUCCAUCGUGGGCUCGUUCGGCUCUGGGAUGUCAUGGAAAUAGCUACUGUCAUGUUAAGAACACUAAAAUCUUUCAGCUUAUGGAUCAUCUUGACUAG